AUGUCGUUUGGGCCGUCUGGAAAGAAGAUAGUUCUUGACGAGAACGGCAAGCCGUGCCGGUCGUGCAACUCUCUGCUGGACUUCAAGGCGGUGACCAAGUCUGCCACCAAGACGGUGGCCGAGGACUGUCCGCCCGAUGUUGAGCAGCUUGGCCGGUCCACCUGGACGUUUUUGCACUCGGUGGCCGCCAAGUACCCGGAGGUUGCCUCCGAGAGCCAGCAGGACGACAUGCGCACGUUUCUGCGGGUGUUUGGAAACAUAUACCCGUGCUGGGCGUGUGCUUCCGACUUUAGAGCACACAUGGAGAAAGACAAGCCCAAGGUGCGGACUCAAGAGGAGUUUGGCCAGUGGCUGUGCGACGCGCACAACGAGGUCAACGUCAAGCUCGGCAAGAAGAAGUUUGACUGCAAUCUGUGGAAAGAAAGAUGGAAAGACGGCUGGAAAGACGGCCGUUGUGAUUAA